AAGGCCGGGAGCCCGCGGACACCCAGCAGAGCCGGGGCAGGGUCUGCUCCCACCCCACUGGGGAUCCCCAACCCACCACCAUGGGCCAGGGCAGGCUCCCAGCCCGCCUGGGGCUGGCCUGCUGCCUGCUGCUGCUCUCGGGGGUGCUGGGGAGACAAGGGAAGGCACGGGGACCCCAGGAAGAGGAGCAGGGCCCUGUGGCAGAGGGGGGACCGUGGGGCAGGGCGAAGUACGAAGCGGUGAAGAAGCACUUGGGAGCUGUGGGUGCUCUCUCCAAGCAGUAUUGGCGGUACCUGGCGUGCAAGGUGUGGCAGGAGGGCUGCGAAGAGGAGAAGGAGGAAAAGUCCCAUCCCAGGCCAGGCUGGACCUUGCCUCUGGUGGGCCAGAAUUACCUGGAGAUCCUCUCUGCCUGGUACUGCAGCUUUGGCAAGUGCUGUGAGACAGGAGAUUGCAGGAUAGUCAACAAUAUCACAGGGCUAGAAGCAGACCUUAACGGGCAGCUCCACGGGCAGCACUUGGCCAAAGAAGUCAUCGUCCGGGCGGUGCAUGGGUUCCUGCAGAGCCCACGGCCAGAGAAGCCUCUGGUCCUCUCCUUGCACGGUUGGUCUGGCACAGGCAAGAACUUUGUGGCUCGAAUGGUGGCCAGUCAUCUUUACCGGGAUGGGAUGAAGAGCGAGUGCGUCAGGUUGUUCAUCUCCCUUUUCCACUUCCCCCAUCACAAGUACGUGGACUUGUACAAGGCUCAGCUGAAGAAGCAGGUAAGCGAGACUGUGCAGCUCUGCAAGCAGGCCUUGUUCAUCUUCGAUGAGGCGGAGAAACUUCAUUUCAGCCUCCUGGAUGCCAUCAAGCCCUUCAUGGCUCACUAUGACAACAAGGGCCAGGAGGAUUAUCGGAGAUCCAUCUUCCUCUUCCUCAGCAAUCUCGGGGGCAACACCAUCAACGAGGUAGCCCUGGACUUCUGGCGAGCCGGCCGGGCACGGGAGGAGAUCUCCAUGGAGUUCCUGGAGCAGCGGCUGCGGCUGGAGCUGCAGGAGCCUGCAGAGAACAGUUAUGCCCACAGCCACCUCCUCAAGGAGAACCUCAUUGAUUUCUUCGUGCCGUUCCUGCCUCUGGAGUACCACCACGUGAAGCUCUGCGCACGAGAUGCUUUCCUGGCCCGAGGACUUCCCUACACCGAGGCAGCCCUCGACGAGGUGGCCAGGAUGAUGGUGUUUGUCCCCAAAGAGGAGAAGCUGUUUUCUGCACAGGGAUGUAAAUCUGUAUCCCAGCGCAUCAAUUACUUCCUUCCUUGAACACCAGGUGGGAGAACUUACACCGUGGUGGGUGAAGGUGGUUCUCCACACCAGGAGCUGCUCUCCUUUGCAUGAGGUUGGGCAAACUGGUUGCCCAGCCCUGCUCUUCCCCAGGGACAGAGACUUAACCCCUUGUCACUGUGAGGGCUGUUUGCAGGGAAGGAGGCGCCCCCUUUGAAGUCUGUCCUGUGUUUUAAAGUCACUUUUUCUAGCAGGCAGUGUCCUGCAGUGGUGAUUUGGUUGUGCUGACAGAUGCUUUGUCCCCUCAUGUGAGCGGGGAUGUCCAAGUCCUUGGCUCGUUACCGUGUAACGAAGGCCUUGGACAGACCAGUGCUGUGGAGACAGCCCAGGAGAAGCCAUGUCCUCAUCCCAGUCCCCACUCUUCUCUGUCACUUCACAAGGUUGCACAGAACUGUUUUGCUGGAGUUGAGUUUUUCCUCUCUAUUGCUCUCCUGCACUCAUGUGGGGUCUGUCGCUCAGGGAAACCCCUGCAGGGAUCGUGGUUUGUGCAGGGAGACCCUUGAGUAGAGAAAAUGACUGAAUAAUCUUCUCUGGAGAUGUCAAAUCCAAAGCCUCUCACUUUGGAGUGUCCCUCUCUCAUUGGAGUCUUCUGUUGUAUGGAAGCAGCUGCGGGGAUGAGGUGAACUUCGGCUGAAAUAACUUUUCUAAGUAGUUUGGUGAAAAGCCUCUUUGUUUCACUG